GAUGGAAAGCCGAUUCUUUUUCACUGAUUCGUUUGCCGUGCGAAAAGUUCCGAACGGAGUUUGUGUCGAUUUUCAAACGAUAUAAAUGUCUAGAAGUAUUUUUUUUCAUUUUGGAUGAAAAGUGAAAAUUGCUGUUUUAUUAAAUCAAGGCCAACAUACUGAGUUUAAAUCUUUAGUGUUGUAAAAUCUGGCAUAAAUUCGUUGCAAUGCAGAACGUGGAGCUCGUGGUAGAACGAAGACUUCGCCCUAUAUUUGAAUCGAUCGAGAUCGGUAAUUACAAGAAAGCUCUACAGGAUGUGGAGAAAGUGCUUCGAAAAAAUCCUACCAUCCAGUGCGGGCGAGCAUUAAAAGCCUGGGCUUACAUACGGUUAGGAAGAGACGAGGAAAGUGCAAGUUUGAUUCGAGCCUUGGAGCAGGAAACUCCGACAGAAUCAACGACGUUACAUGUAAUGACUCUUUGUUACAAAGAAACGGAUCAGUUGAAUAAAAUCUGCCAGUUGUUCGCCAAUGCCUCCAAACAGCAUCCUGGAAAUGAAGAACUGUUGUCGCAGUUGUUUAUUGCACACAUGCGAGUAAAUGACUUUAAAGCACAGCAAACAGUAGCAUUGCAGUUGUACAAACUGAAACCAAGAAAUCCAUUCUAUUUUUGGGCUGUUAUGAGUGUUGUUCUUCAAGCCGUGCGUGGACCUGAUUCAAAAGAUCCACAAAAAUCGAAACUGCUGCUGGUCUUGGCACAACGUAUGGUUGACAAGUUAAACGCCGAGAAUAAACUGGAAGCUUCACAGGAAGUUCAAUUGUACUUGCAAAUAUUGCAACACCAGGAAAAACAUCAGGAAAUGUUAGACUUUUUAGAGGGUAGUGUUUGUCAAAAACUGUAUCCAGGAGCUCCACAUUCGAUAAAAAUUGAUCUUCUGAAGAAGCUCGACAAAUGGGCGGACUUGAAUAAAAUGAUGAAACAAAUGUUGUUAGAAGACUCUGAUCGGUGGGAUUAUUAUCUCGACUAUAUUCAAUCAACCUUCGAACUUAUUAAAGUGAAUGACGAGACUCCUGGGACGGAUCAUAGCACAGAAAUGUGCCAUGAAUUCAUAUGUGGAAUCAUAGAAUCGCAACCACGCCAGCAUAGAGGUCCCUAUCUGGCAAGAUUGGAACUCAACCGUCUAAUGGUAGAAAAUAAGUGCGACAAAGAGCAAUUGUUUGGAGAGCUGACAGAGCUGUUGCUCGAUUACUUUCGAAUUUUUGGUGACAAAACAUGCUGUGCGAAUGAUCUUAAGAUGUUUCUGGAGUAUGUGGAUCCUGUGAAGCGUCCCGGGUUUGCUGCAAAAUUGAUGCAAGAAUGUCGAAUAAAUCCGGUUACACUACCGAGCAACAAAGAACACAUGCAACGACAUAUUUGCUCGCUGCAGAUAGCUCGAUUUUGUGGGGCGCAUGCCGCAUUGAGUGAGGAACACUUGUCGGCACUCUAUACGGCACUAAGUUUGCACUACGAGCAUGGGUACAAUGCUUUUGGGAGAGGACUGCUUCCAACUGAUAUGGGCCCUUCAGAUCCCUACGCUCUGCUGGCAGUAAACAUUAUGUACGACCGUGCCUGGACGCUGCAACGCUCCGAACCUCUAGUAGAAGCACUCUGCUUGCUGGAACAUCUGCUUUCUAACAGCAUCAACAACUUUCAUGGCAAGCUUCUCAGUCUUCAGUUGUACCAUAGGUUAGGUAUGACAGACACCGCCCACCGAGUGUUUGAAUCGCUCGACAUCAAACACAUUCAGUUGGACUCGCUUGGAUUUCUGCAUUGUAGCCAGUUAUGCAACGGUGGUUAUCCAUCAUUGGCUAAGCAGUUGUUCGAUCAAACGCUGAAUUUUUUCAUCAACGAUCAUCAAAACAGUGUCGAGUUUAUUAAAACUUCAUACAACUUUGGGUCAUUCUCGAAACUAAUCGAGUUCCUGGAAUUCCGGGAUCGGUUAUCCAACAGUUUUCAUUUCACGCUCAUCUCAGUGGAAGCAUUACUCUUAGAGAUGGUAUGCUUCUGUGGUACAUUAGUGCAGAAUCUCAUCGCAUACCGAUUAAUGAGAAUAAAACCGCAGGAGGAUCGAAUUAAUUGGAAUGACCUAAGUGAUAAUCGUGAUCUGACCAUUUUUGUCCACUGGGAUCCUGCGGUGGAUUACUCAAAAGUUCUUCCACCAGAAGGUGCGUCGGAAGCACUGAAGGGUAGUAGUGAAUACACUGUCGUACUAGAGCCUAAGACGGUGCAAAAACAGCGUGAGGAAUUUCGGGAGGAGAGUUACAAACAAGAGAUGGAUCUUUUGCAGUUGCGUUCAACUUUGUUGAGGCUGGUUUCCUCAUUUAUAGAUUUAUAUGCCAAAGGAGCAGAUUAUGAAUUUGAAACGGCGGCAAAUCUAUGUCAACGAUGGGAGAAAAUUAUGGCUACCAUUAGAGAUAAAGAUCGACAAAGUAUAAGUGGAAAAUUUCUAGUCAAUUUGCUGCCGUCACGUUUACAUUUGAUGCUGAGGAUGCCAUACGAUUAUGUGUUCAAAAAUUUCGCGGAUUUUCUACUGUUGCUGUGGAAGGGUGAGAAACAUGAACUGAUACGAACUGCGGCUGAUACGUGUGUGAAGGAUAUUGGCGAGCUGUUUGCGAUAAUUGCGAACGCAAUUAGUGAUUAUAAUAAAUCCGGAGAUCUCCUAUGGAACCGCAAGCAGGUUCACGAUACUGUGAAUGCCGGAAUUGAGACAACUUCCAUCAAUAAUUGUGGCCUGGCAAUGCUUUCGUAUUUUUUUCAGAUUGCUUGCCUGGUUCUGUUUGUGCUGACAGUUUGCUACGAUAAAUACUCUCAGGCACCACCUCCGCAACCCACACGUAAACCGAAGAAAAAGGAGAGUGAACAGAAUAAUCAUGAAUGCACUGUGGUGAUGAAUGAGAAAAAUCGACUUCAUCUCGUAACAGAACUGCUUCGGACUUUGAAGGUCAACAUUAUCGAGUGCGAAGCAGCGCUUUCUUCCUGGGAGGCGCCACUAGUAUCAGAUUCCUUAACCGCAGCAUUAGAGCAAAUGUCACUUAACCCUAAAAGUGAAAGCAGUGUGCGACUCAAACUCAUGGACAGUCAUGUAGGCGAGAUUAAAGAACUGAAAAAACUUCUAAAAGACAAGUUGAAAUUGAUCAACAAAUCAAUUUAAUGUAAAUUCCAACGGACGCACUACUAGAGGUUGUUAAAGCUGCCGGGAAUGUUUAGAUUUUUCUUAGAGUAACUGUGAAAUGGCACCACAUGGUAGGCACUACGAAGGCGAUGACUGGUAGUAUAUAAGAUAUUAUGUCAUUAGCAGAUGUUAUAAGCAAUUUUCUGCAUAUAUACAUCACACAGUUUGCCCUAAACACAUUUGCACAUUUUUCUCAUGUUGUUAUCAUGGCCUCAUGCUCGCUUAAUGUUUAGCGAGAACAUUCAGAAACUGCAUGUCCGCUCGAUUCGUAACUCAUUGUUGGUCGAAAUCUUUUACGUAGUAAAAAUUUGUAUUGAAGAUUCAAGCAAUGCACUAGCGAGCAAACAGUUAUCAAAACAAUCAUUAACUUGUCAUUUACUGCUGGACAGCACACGUAUUGCCGAUUUAUCCAGUUUUCUUGAUUAAACUUUUGCUUACACCUUUAUCCCAUUAUGUAGUGUCGUAUGAAACGUACGCGGAUACCGAUAAGAUUUAUUAUAAUAAAGAUGUUUAAUUAAGUUUGGAAUGUUUUAGGUACAAAAACUCGACUAAAUAAACUGAAUGUGACCAAA